AGAACAGAACGCUUAAUCCUAAUAAUCCCAAUCAUCAACAUCAAGACAUUACAAAAACGUACCAAACCACUAAGAUUGUGGUCAUCCAGAGGCGGAAAAGAGAGAGGAGGGUUCCAUGUGCAUCUUUAUCGGCAGCGGCAGAGGGAGAGAUCUAAAAGAAGGUGCCAACGCAGAGAAGAGUACCAGUACCAUCCAGUGAAAACUUGAUGCAUCCGGCGUUAACGCGAGUGUGAAAAUGAUGGACUCGAUUCACUUUCAGUACCAUCUAUUGUGGUUUAUCGCCAUUGGGUGCUUGUCCAGCGCUUUUGGACAGCUUCUACCGGUCCAAACGCAAUUCGCUUCGAACAUAGACAGACAGCCGCUAUCCCUACAGCAGCAAGGUCAAAUCCUCAGCGACAUCCAACAACACCACAGAUUCGAUCUAUCCAAUCGACAAAACUUCCAGCCCCAGCAUUUCCGCCCUUCCCAGAGCUCACCUUACAACCAGCAGUAUCUAUCAGACUCGGCACACAAUGCUGGGCAACAGUUUGGACACAACAGUCAAGAGAAUUUCGGCAAAAACGAGUUCCUGAAUACCUUGCCACUAGUCAACUCUUUACCUUCGAAUAUUGUGCCUACCCCUCAGCAAUCCUUCCAGCAAAUCUCACCACCCACCCCGUCCAGCAAUCAAGUAGCAUUUCCCAGCUCCCAACAAGAGAACAAAGUUGUUCAACACCUUACCCAAACGAGUUUCCAACCGGGUUUCACCAGGAAUUCGGAUCCAUACUUUAACCAACAACAAUUCAUCAAACCCAGACCUACAACUGAUCCUAUCGCCCAAAUCGAACGUCAAAUAAAAAACUUAGACCCGAACAAAGACAAAGAAAAGAUACAGGAACUCCGAGAAAAACAAGCGAUCAUAGAAAAACACAACCAGUUUGUGGAAAAACAGUACGAAAAAGCUCUGAAGAAAGCUCAACUAGAUCACGAAGAGUAUCUAGAAAACCAGAAAGAACAGAAGAGGAAGCUCUACCAAAAAAUCUAUAAGCCAACAAGCGAACCUCGGCAGUACGUCCAUUCUUCGAGACCUAGAGUGAUUUACCCUGAAGAAGUAGGACUAUUCGAGAAAUCAAUCAACCAGUACUAUGUUGAGCACCCUACAACCACCACUACUACAACAACGACCACUACACCUAAGCCUUCGACUACAGUCUCACAAAAUAGGAUCAUCAAGGUAUCGAAAUCACUUGCCUUCCUUCCAACUGCCUUACCUCAAACUAAGACUAAGACGAUACAAUCUUUGGAGGACUUGGACCAACUCCAGAAGCAAUACAGAUCACAAAAGAUUCGCAAAGAUGACUUACUAGAGCAACUGCGAUUAGCCAUCGGCAAGAGUCAUGAAGAGGAGAAUGGCAAAGCUUUGUCUUCGAGAGAAAUAUCUUUGUCUGACGGGAAAAAGAUCCAGCUGAUCUCAGCCGAUGAUAAAACAAAAAUCCCUAAAGGCAAAGAAGAAGAAAUAACUCUGCCUGACGGCAAGAAGGUUACCGUGAUCAGAGCUGACGAUCCAAACAACCAAAAAGACGAGGAAGUGAUUCUGCCAAGUGGUCACCAAGUACAAAUAAUAAGAACUACAGAUCCCAAAGCAAUUCCUUUCGGUGACGGAGAUGUUUCACAAGAGAUAACGCUGCCAAAUGGGCAGAAAGCUCAGCUGAUCAAGAGUACUGCUCCUGUCCAGACUAAGGCUGCAUCUUCAUCUUCUAUCAAAACUGAAGAGAUAACUUUGCCUGAUGGACAAAAAGUAGAAGUUAUAAAGACCUCAGACCCGAGCUUAGUACCCGGAGCUGUUCAAUUGGAUCCUGGAAGCGACCUAGAGAAGCUGAUACUUUCCAGAACCACCACUACAACGACUUUGAAGCCACCUAAAGCUAUUCUGGAUGAAAUAACCAAGGACGUACCUGAUUCUAACUAUGAGCUUUUGAAGACUGGUGCCAGUGGAAGCUUAGAAACUAUUGGUAAGAAUCUACCCAACCAGAAGAAAGUCACCUUUGUUCUGCUGGAAGAACAGAGCGAUGGUACUUUGAAGGUGCAGGGUAUCAAGGGAAAUGGUAAAGACAAGUCAGAAGUAGAUAUAGAUAAAAUCUUGAAAAAGAUAAAGCAGGGAGAGAUCAAAUUACCUGAUAGUCUAAGUACUAAAGAAAGUUUAACAACCGAAAAACCUGAAAUUACAACUAUAUAUAGACCAGUAUCAGUUACAGUCACGCCUAAUUCUUUUGCUUCUGGGGAAGAGGAUGACUUGCCAACAUCGACUUCAGGAAACUACUUCAACUCUCAGGAUGAUGCCAACAUCCCUAUACUGAAGACAAAUAUUGGUACUCAGAUUAUAUCUUCGACUCCCAAGUCAGUUUACACGCAAGCUUACUCUACGUCGACUACUAGUACCACGACCCUUCGUCCUACAAAAAAUUCGAGGUCGCCACAUAUCCUCAACCAACCCGUAAAUGAUCAAGUCAACCAAGCAUCCAGCUUCUCUUCAACCAAUCAAAAUUCCAUAAUCAAUUCGCCGAAACCAACUGCAAUACCAGCUUCUGUUACGAUACAGCAAAGCAUUUCGCCAGACAAUGUAUUUCCUACUCAAGAAUCGCUACCUUAUGAAAGUAGUACCAACUCGAUUUCAGAGAUGCCAGAUAUCUUGAAACAGCAUGGCAUGUACGCUAUGGCAAAAUAUUUGAAGCAGUCCGGUCUAGACCAGGUUUUGAACGAAACUGGGCCAUAUACUGUAUUCGUUCCUACUGAUAAAGCUUUCAAGGCUCUGUUGAUCCAGCUUGGUGGUCCAGAAAGAGCUGACGAGAAGUUCAAAGAAAACCCAAGGCUCCUUAGUGGGCUUCUGUUGCAUCACGUGAUACCGGGGGCCUUCAAAAUCGAAACUUUACAAGACGAAAUGACUGGAGUUUCUCUAGCAGGCACCCAACUGAGAGUGAACCAAUAUAAUAUGCACGACAAAGAAUGGAAUGACAUCAAGAUUACAACGAUAAACGGUGCACAAAUUUCCGACGAAAAAUACGAUAUUGAAAUACCUCAAGGUUAUGCACAUGCAAUAGACAGGGUGAUGUUUCCUCUACCAGUGGGAGACAUUGUACAAACUCUACAAUCGGACAGAGAGAGAAGAUUCACAAGUUUCCUUAGAGCAAUUUUUGCAUCGGGGCUCGCAGAUAUGUUGCAAGGGACAAAAGUUUUCACCCUCUUUGCACCAACGGAAAAAGCGUUUGCCCCUCUUACACCAGCAGAUAUAAACAAAAUAAUACUAGAUAAAGUGCUAGCAAGAGAGCUAGUAAUGAGGCAUCUUUUACCUGGAACUUUAUACACGAAUGGGAUGAGAUACUACCAAAUCAAAGACAGUUUAUUAGAAGAUAAAACACUCACUUUCAGCAAACAGUCAGGUAAAGUGAAGGUGAAUAACAACAACCUAACAACCCAGAAUAUCCCUGCAACAAAUGGUGUCAUACAUGCUAUUGAUUCUUUACUCUGAUAAAUCUUUAUGACUAAAUUAUUCAUUGAUCAUUUUUUCAUCACUCAUCUAACUGGCAGAGUCAAAGCAAACAGAAAAUUCAAAAAAACUCAACAAUAAUGAUGGUAUUGAUAGAAAGUGUAUUUUACCUCAUUCUUGUUUUAAAGACUGAUAUUUCAGAUGUGCAUUUUUCCUCAUAUUUUUUUCCAGUGUAAACAAUACUUAUUGUCUUCUAUCAUGUUGAUCAGAUUCAAAUAAUUGCAUUUCUUGAAGGUUUAUCUGAAUUAUUCAUUUUUUGAACUGUUUAGCUAUAUUUUACCAUUGAUUAUAAAUAUAUUUUUUAUUUUGUGAUAGUUCCCCUCAUCCAAGAUAUUGUGUUAUGAAUGCAAUUUCAAUUUAUUAUGACCCUUUUAUUUAAAUUAUUUUAAGAAUUGUACAUUUUACUGUAAUAUACUUUAUUUUUAGAUAAAA